AUGACUUCAAAGCGCCCCCUUCCCAUAGAUGAGAUAUGGGGAGAACCUGAUGCUUACAUUGAGGCGUUGCUCUCCUUCUCCACCACGUCCGUGCUGUUUAUGAAUUUGUGUGGUGGCGUGCAUAUGGUCGACUUUCUGACCCGCGAACCCGAUGUCUAUACAACGUUAUUGCCAGAAAAUUGGAGAUCAUUUUUUGAUCAACAUGAUGUUCAGCAAAUUAUCGAUCUGCUUUUGAGGGAGGACAUUGACCAUUUGCGAGGGAUUCAACGUCCCACUGCCGACCAGGCUAGCCUUACCUGGAAUGGAGCAGCAUUCCCUCCACAGACCCUGCUAGACUAUAUUUCGUCAGUCCGUCGACUAACGCUCCGACGAGAUCUAUGUACCCCACCUUCAAAAAGUAUCGACCUACCAACGCAAGUUGCUAUGCGCAUGAACCGAAAAAAAGCGCAUGAGGUUCAAUGCUUCUCUCAAUAUGUUGCAUCCCUGUCCGACACUGUCCAUGAAUACCGAGGAGAGCCAAUCUCUCAUAUCGUCGAUUUUGGAUCUGGUCAGAACUAUCUUGGACGUACGCUGGCCAGUCCUCCUUAUCAUAAACAUAUCAUCGCAAUCGAGCGCAAGCACCAAUAUAUUACAGGUGCUAAAGGAAUGGAUGUUCGAGCAAAACUAGCGGUUGACCCGAAAGCUUUGUACAUACAAAGGAGCAAAAACGAUAUUGAUUGCGCCAAUGAAACAACGAAAGAGACUGCCACUGAGACAACAAAUACCCCCUUGCUAGUGGAAACAAAUUUGCAGGUCUUGGACUCGGAAAAUGCCACUGCUCCCAAUAUUUUAGAUGAAAUCACCCUUGGGCCAGACGAUGUACUAGGGUCUACUACCAAAGGCCAAAUUCGAGAAAGGGCCCCGAGGCCGGAGAUCGACAGCCGUGGUAAUAUCAGCUAUAUUGAGCAUGAAAUUGAAGAUGGCUAUUUAGAGCAUAUUACCAACCCAGUCAUUAAAUCAUCCUCCCUGGAAUUUUCCAAUGAAACAGCAGAAAAAACCAAUGCAAGACUAAUGGUUGUUUCUGUCCAUUCUUGUGGGAACCUUCUUCACCAUGGCGUACGAUCUCUGAUUCUAAACCCUUCAGUUGUGGCCAUUGCUAUGGUUGGUUGCUGUUACAAUUUGAUGACUGAGCGCCUUGGUCCAGUAAAACAACAGCUUUCUAUCUUCCAUUCCCAACACCCCCGACUUGAGGAGACUAGUUCAUCAUACGAUUCACAUGGGUUUCCAAUGUCAAAAUACUACGAAUCUUAUGAAACUCCCGGAACAACAAGUGGAAUACGACUGAAUAUCACCGCUCGUGCACUGGCCGUGCAAGCCCCACAUAAUUGGACUGUCAAAGCUAGUGAGGUAUCUUUUACACGCCAUUUUUUCCGUGCUCUGCUUCAACGUAUCUUGGUUGAUCGAGGCGUUCUUCCGAAUUGCCCAGGGCCAGGCAGUCCUUCCGGAUCUAAUACAAGCACUCUUAUCAUCGGAUCAUUGCCAAAAGCUGCGUUCAAGUCUUUCAGCGCAUAUUUUCGUGCUGCUACGAACAAGAUGAGCCAGGACCCCGUCUAUGGUUCCAAGAUACAGGAACACGUUGACACCCUGAGCGACAACGAAAUCCACGAGUACGAGGACCGGUACUCACAAACAAGAAAAUAUGUCAGCGUUUUGUGGAGCUUGGUGGCAUUUAGUGCUCAGGUCGUCGAGUCCCUCAUCGUUGUGGAUCGAUGGCAAUUUUUGCGAGAACAGGAUUUAGUCAAAGAAUGCUGGAUUGAACCAGUGUUUGACUACGGUCAAAGUCCACGUAACUUGGCAAUCGUCGGUCUAAAAAAGUGA